AAGUAUCCAAUGAAAAUUGCAUCUAAAAACAUCUGGCCAAUAUGAUGAGAGUGGGCGGGACAUCCUCCAGAAAGUAAUAGUCCUUUGGUGUCAGUAGCUUAAAAUUAUUGUUUUAGCUUCAGAACUUGUGUGUUGGCCUGGCAACGUUGCUGGAGUUAAUAGGCUAUAUAGAUUAAGUUGCCUACGACGUACAGUUCUGUUAUGGAACUGGACAAAAUGGACGAGAACGAAUGGAAAUACCACGGAGAGGGCAACAAAAGCCUAGUGGUUUCUAAUGUCCAGCACGCCAGAGUCCUUCGGCUCCUGAAGUAUUCUACAGAAGAUGCCGAAAACUCGCAUAAGACAACAGAACAAGCUUUCCGCCACAUACAGAACAUAGUUGACUAUAGUCAAAAUGUCAUGAAGCCACUACUGGGGGAGAAGUAUGUCCACAACGGAGAGGCUGUGAAGCUCCCGCUGGACUUUGUCCGACAGCUGUCAUUGAAGGUUCAGCAGGAAAGGCCAGAGUCUCGCUGUGACAAAGUGAUGGAUACAUUUAGUGGAUGUGCCUUGUGUCUGCCGAACCUCACCCAGCUCUCCUGCUGCUGCAGCAGAGAACACAGACCUCCUCUCUGUAUAGAGAUUAAGCCCAAAUGUGGGUUUCUGCCAUCCUCUAGACACGUUACGAAGGACAUCAAAAACAAGGUGUGCCGCUUCUGUAUGCAUCAACAUUUUAAGUUGGCCCAUGGAAAGUGGAAACGGCUGAGCCGCUACUGUCCCUUGGACCUGUUCUCAGGGAACAAACAGAGAAUGUCCUUAGCCAUCAAGCACUUGAUAGAGGAACCUCAAAACAACUUUAAAAUCUUCAAGGGUGGAGAGUGUAUCUACAGCUGUAAGGACGAUGCAGACGUGUUACAGGACCUAGAUGAAUUGGCUCAGCAUCUACGGCCAUACUUCCUCCCCAAUGGCAGCCUUAUGAACGGACACCAGUCCAGUAAGGUGGUUCUGAAUGAGUUGAUCCAGGUGAUCGUGAGUGCCCUGUUGAGUUCCUGGGACUCCAGGAAGACUCACCUGUCUGAGGGCAGAGCGAGAUGUGAGGCCAGCCUCCUGCACCGGGACCUGCUACGCAACACUAACCACUGCCUACCAAAAGAUUGUGUCCUGGACAAAAUCCUGGGGACUCAGAUGCUGGAUAGUUUAGACAUUGAGGGGUUAAACCCCCUGUUUAAACGAGUGGAGCAGCAUCUACAGGACUUUCCUAAAGAGAGAAGUAGCCUUCAGAUAGACGGUCCGUACAGCCAGAGCUUCCUGGAGAAGAUCCAGACGUGUCCAACUGAAGACGACGGCUCAGUCGAGUACGCGGUCGGGAAGGUCCACCAGUACAGAGUUGCCAUGACAGCCAAGGACUGCUCUAUCAUGAUCACCAUAGCAACCUGUGGGGAGGAGGACGGGUUGGACCAGAGCCUGGAGAUCCAGCCUUCGAAGCCUCGCUUCACCUACUCCGUGUCCAUCCUAGACCUGGACCCUAAACCCUACGAGAGCAUUCCUCACCAGAGCAGACUGGACUCCAAGAUAGUCAACCACUACCUGAGAAGCACCCUGCCCAACAACCAGGAACUAGCCAAUCAGAGUGUCUUCCUGGGCUGGGACAGAGAAGGAGAGGACUGUACUCUGGUGUUCCAUCCUGUUUAACCACUCCCUCUGCUGUCUGGCCUCCCGCUUGGUGUUAUCAACACACUCCCUCCCCUGUACCCUAACCCCUCCCUCCCCUGUACCCUAACCCCUCCCUCCCCUGUACCCUAACCCCUCCCUC